UGAUCAAUAAUGAUGGGUUGAUGGAACUACCACACGACAUAAUAUUGUCAAUCUUGUUCUUUUGCACUAUGAAGGACGUUGUAAGAACUAGUCUUGUUUCUAAGAAAUGGAAAACACAAUUAUUGUUGCAAGAUUUUCCUUGGCUGAUUUUCAAAGAUCCACUAGCAAUGAAAAAAAUCGAGAUCAAUCCCAAAGUCGCUCGUAAAGAAAGAUCAAUGUUUGUGAAGUUCGUCAAUUACGUUGUGGAUCAACAUGAAGGUCCAUCAAUAGAUGAGUUCAAGGUUGUUUUUGAUUUGGGCAUUAGUUGUCAAUAUCAUAUUGAUAAAUGGGUGGUUUUCGCAUUAUCCAAACAAGUAAAAAAACUUGAGUUAGACUUAAGUGCACCACUCUUACAAGAUCCAAAGUUGGCAGAGUAUGAGAAAUAUUAUGAUUUUCCACAGAAGUUGCCUGAUUUUAACUUCAAGCAUACUCUUACAUCGUUGUGUCUAAAAAGCGUAAAUCUAACUACAGAAAUAGUUGAUUUACUCCUUAAUUGUUUCGAGCUCCUCGAAAAUCUGAUAAUCGAGCAUUCGCAAGAUUUAACAUCAGUUUCUUCAUCAUCAAGUGUAUUACAACUGAAACAUUUAGAGGUAUCGGUGUGUUAUAGUAUGAGAUUCAUUGAUAUUUCUGCUCCAAAGCUCUUGUCUUUCACAUAUUUUGGUAAUCCUACGAUAAGGGUGGAUAUAAGAAAUGCAACCUUACUCUCCAAGGUGUCAAUUUGCUCGUUCUGGAGGGGAAACAUAUCAUUUGCAUUUGAUAUUCUCCCUAAAUACUUCUCGCAACUCGAGUAUAUAUGUUUGAGAAUGUACAUCCAUAGUGAAGAGGUUCCGUUGGGAAAAAUAAAUCACCUACGAUACCCAGCUUUGCCUAAACUCAAGUACAUAAGUUUGGAAAUUCUCGGUAACUCUAAUAGAAAUAGCCUUCUUGGAUGGAUUCCUUUAUUUGAGGCAUGUCCACGCUUGGAGAAACUAAGAUUGAUGGGUACGGGUGUAGAGGACGACCUUUCUUUUAAAAUGGAAAAUGUGAGCCGUAAUGGACGCAAAUUCAAGUGCUUGAAGACGUUGGAGCUCAUUGCCUAUAAUGGAGAUCAAAACGAGCUACAACUUAUCACUCAUAUUAUUGAGAAUGCUACUAUACUUGAAGAGGUAAUUUUGGCUUGGGAGCCACCAUGCAUGACUCCACCCGAAGUUGUGUUGGAACUAAGGCAAAAGCUACCUCAACGUGUGAAGUUCAUCUUUAUGGAAAGUAACGACGAUUUUUUUAAUAGUUUUGUUUAAUACUUAAUAGUGGUCAAAUAUAUUUAAGCAUAUGGAAUUAGAAGUAUAUGUACCAUUAGUUCAUAAUAUAGUGUGUUAGUGUUAUGGUGUUUUGGAUGACCAUGUACAGCAAUUACAGUUUCAUUUUCUAUUAUGGACCCUGUUUCUGAUUUUGUAGUUUACUGGUGAAGAGGUUAUACUGUUGCAACAUAUGUUUUUUUUUUUUUGAGGGGAACAUGUCUUUUUUAUGAACAUAAUUACACCUACUCACUGGGUAAAUAAGUAGAUUAUCUACUCUUAAUCGAUCAUUAAAAAAUAUUUUUUAAUUUUGAGUUGAAUAUCACUUUACAUUAAAUUUUAUCACUAGUGGGUAAUCUACCCAAUGAGUCAAACAAGUUUUAUCUCUUUUUUACCUAAGACACGAUGUUCAAAAAAUAAAAUUAAAAGUAACUUUUGGUGUUCUUUUGCUUUGCUGUAUUUCAGUGGCAUUUGCUAAUUGAUAAUAUAACCCAAAUUUAAUGUUCUUUUUAAAUACUCUAUUCAUUUGCUAAGAUAGAAUGUUCAAAAUUAUGAUCAAAUGUACAUUUAAUUUAGAAUUACCAAUAUACAAUCAGAAUUUACCAAGCAAUACAACCAUUAACACUUACACAAUAUUAAAAAGUAAGACAAAAUGUA